AUGGGUACCUGGUUCAGGCCGAGCGGGUAUCUAGUUCAGUGCGUGUCAUGCGUGUCGACAUUCGUCGUCAACACAAGCAACCAGAAGAGGCAAAAUUUUAUACUGCUGGGUUCUCAUGUUUUGGCCACCAUGACUGCCAAUUAUAGUAUGGCCUACACUGAGGCUGCCUCAACUCAAGCCAUGAAGCUGGCAGAGCCGGUGUUUAUGUGUAUAGCAGAACUGUUUGUCUUCCAUAGGAUGCCCAGUCUUCAAGCGAUGAUUGGCAUUCCUCUCAUUAUCUUUGGAUCUCUAAAAUUCGCUAUGUUGAAUUCAACCUACUCACUCGCCACGCCUGGCAUUUUUCUGGCAUUUAUUUCCAACAUAGUCCUGGCAAUCAGAAACAUCAUGCUAAAAACCCUCCACGGUCCCGAGUCCUCUACCUCAAGUUUGAAAUUUAGGCCGUCCUACGCUAAGCACGUCUGGUACUGUCUACUGCUGGGUAUCCUGGUUGCCAGUUUGGCUUUAACCAAGGAGGAAAAUCUCACACUGUCAACGACUUUCACGAUUUUUCUACUUUUUUCGUCGGGAAUAUUUCAUGUCGUGUAUUCCUACAUAUCUGUCAAUGUCGCGCUAAAGGUAAUGGAUAUUGUCAGCCAUUCUGUGGUCAACAUAUUUAAAAGACUUUUUGUCGUCAUUAUGUUGUACCUCAGUGGGAAGCAACAAGCUAGUACGGGGAACUUUUUCGGUCUGGGCGUGGCUGUUUUGGGAUUAUUUCUCUUCGCGGAUAGUAAACAGACCACACCCAGCAAAAAAAUAACAAUAAAGAAUAUUCUCGUGGUUCUACUGUGUACUUCCUGUGUCAUAUCAAUACCGAUGUCAACAAGAUACAUCAGUAGGGCCGGGAUCAAGAUUUCUUAUUUGAGACAAGAAACGGAUAGUCACAGCAUUUUCAACGUGCAGGAAAGACCAAUUGAUGCACGGUUCGCUGAUUUCCUGAAAUGGAAUUUAACACAACACCCGUUUGAGACGAAUACAUUGUCUCAAAAUUUGACGAACGCCCAUGACAUCAUCAAAGAGAAUCAGCGUGUUCUUCUGAAUCUUUUAGACAGCAUCAUCGGGACAGCCCCGAAUGUGAUGCUCAUGGAUAUUCCAGAUCAUGACAACAAAGGGGACUCCGCCAUUACGGUAGGGGAGGUUAUGAUCAUCAAAAAAUUAAAGAAACAGAUCGUUUAUCAUUGUGAAACCUUAAAGUGCUAUCAACAGAAAAAUAUAAACAGAUCAAUUAUAAUUAGUCAGAGGUAUCCGAUUGAGGAUAUUGUGAUUUUGCUACAUGGAGGGGGAAAUCUUUUGGGCUAUAAGCUCCAUGACAAACUUAGACACAAUCUUCUUGACGUGUUUCCUAAACAUAAAUUCAUUCUUCUUUCGCAAAGUAUAUGGCUGCAUGACGACUACGUGAGCCAUUUAAACUUUUGUAUCCACGCGUAUUCUAAUAAAACAAACCUUAACAUUCUGAUAAGAGAUAAACAAUCUUUAGCAAUCGCCAGAGAACAUUUUAGAGGAGUGAAGUUGUACCUAGCUCCAGACAUGGCGUUUGGGAUUGGGCCAGUUCCACGAAUGCUGCCUCCGUACUUUGACAUCAUUUGGCUAAGACGAACAGACAACGAAACUUCGAAAUACCCCCUCCCAGUUCUACCUAAAGGCGUCACCGUUCACGUCAGUGACUGGUAUGAUGAGUGGGCCUUAAACUCUGGAGCGACUGACCUCGAACGUGCAUUUAUAAAAGCCCAUGACGGUUUCAGCUUUCUCCAAAGGGGCAGGGUCGUUAUAACAGAUCGCCUCCACGGUCACAUCCUGUCUGUCCUUAUGGACACGCCCCACGUCCUGAUAGACAACCCCCCGUUCUAUAAACUCUCCUCCUUCGAUAACACCUGGACUGCAAGCCUGCACAAUAAAGUUAUGGCUUCUGGUGGCACUGACGCUGUUGAACAAGCGCUUGCAUUUUUGGCCAGAUUUAACCAAACUUUGCCUCAAAUUGUUCCGAGCACUCUGCGUGAUUAA